UUAUUCAUAAGGUCAAGCACUGAGAUGCUUUGGAUUGCAUUUGUAGUGUCACUGAAGUGGAAAUUUAAUCAAGAUAGAGUAACACCCAUGUGGAGCUGCAUGGGACCAUGGUCAUUAAGCAAUGAAUUGCAUGAUGCUCUUUAGACUGACUUUAUGACUGUUCAGUAACAUUUAUAAAGCAACAAAAUCAAUUACGAUGGGGUCACAUAACAUCCCAAAGCCCUCAUGGAAGUGACAGACUGACUUUCAUUAUGGCUUUCAGUUUAAUAUUAGCUUUACUCCACAAUAUAAUGAAUAUAAAUGGCUUUUGUUUGCAAAACUCUAUGCUAAUAUGGAUUGUGCAAUAGCAUGUUUCAAGUUGAUCAUUAUCUAAACUAAAAUACAAAAAGGAAUUACAAUGGAGGACACAGGUGAUGUGUAACAUAUUUGGGUAAAAUAAGUAAUCUAAAUGAUGACUUUCUGACCAAUGAAAUAACAGGUUUGUCAAGUCUGAAAAAUCUUCAAAUCUUUGUGCACAUUCAGCUUCCUCAAACAUAGUGACCAUUCCUGGACUCUUGCUGCACAGGUGCUUGAGUGGACCAUGCUCUUUGUCAGACAGAUUUGUAUGCUUUUUCUAGUUGUAUUGAUCAAUGCUGCAGAGCAGAGCGUUCCUGACAAAAAUUCCGGCUGUGUCUACGGUCACCCUGGGAUCCCUGGAGAUCCAGGACACAAUGGAAUGCCUGGUCGUGAUGGCAGAGAUGGGGCCAAAGGUGAUAAAGGAGAUAGAGGUGACAUAGGAACAUGUGGUGAAGCAGGUAAAAACGGACCAAAAGGAGAUAAAGGAGAACCUGGUGUUCCUGGCAUAGCCGGUAUGAAGGGGAAGCGUGGAGACAAUGGAGAAAGGGGCCCCCCUGGCAAAAUGGGGCCCCAAGGCUUCUCAGGGCCAUUGGGUUUGAAAGGUCAGAAGGGAGAACUUGGUUUGCCAGGACCACAGGGCAUCAAAGGGGACGUGGGUCCUAUAGGCCCUGAAGGUCCACAAGGAGACAAAGGCUAUAAGGGAGACAAGGGCAUACAGGGUCCUUUGGGGCCCCCAGGACGACCAGGCCCAAAAGGUGAGCUUGGCCACCAAGGUAUCAAAGGCAGCAUUGGUGUUCGUGGUGAGAAAGGGUCAAAAGGGGACACUGGGGAGCAAGGUCCAAAGGGGGACAUGCCUGAGAUACCAAAAAGUGCCUUCUCAGCUAGAUUGAGCGAAAGCACCAAGUUACCUGCUGCUAAUGCUCCAAUACGCUUUGAUAAAAUCCUCUAUAACCGUCAGGGUCAUUAUGACCCUGAGACCGGCCGCUUUACUUGUGCCAUCAGCGGAGCAUAUUUUUUCUCCUACCAUAUCACUGUCUACUCUCGCAAUGUAAAAGUGGUCUUGAUGAAGAAUGGUCAGCGAGUGAUCUACACUAUGGACAGCUACCAAGGAGUUGAGGACCAGGCUGCCGGAGGGGCAGUCCUAGAACUGGAGGUCGGAGAUAAAGUGUGGUUGCAAGUGGCUGAUAAACAGCUGUUUAACGGGUUAUAUGCAGAUGAAGACGAUGACACAGUUUUUUCUGGAUUUCUUCUUUUUGCAACCUAAAUAUGCUGCCUCAAAAAGGAAUACAGUAUGCUUUGAAAGAAAAUAUUUUAGAUUCACUGGUGUUAUUAUAAUUUUCAAUAAAAAUAAAUCAUACUUUGUGCUGCUUAGAUUUAUCCGUGAACAAAAUGGUGUGUGUAUAUCACUAUCACUAUAGUGUUCCUGUAGCUUAAAGUCAGCAUGAAACGGAAGUUACGAUGGUCUUUUCUUCCAUAUUGUGAUGUAUAUCUGAUUUAAACUGCUUCUCCAACAUCAGUUCAUUGGGAACUGAUUGGAUCAUUGUCGUUUGCUCUCAUGUGAGUGACAGGUUGCUCAAGAGCAGGGAUUAUUGUCCCACCCUCAUGGUGACACGCACGUUAUCAGAGAAGUGAUGUCAUUGCGAGCGGGAGGUGAAAUUAAUGUUUUGGAUGAAUUAUUUGAAAUCUAAAAAAAUUAUGUGCAUAGAUAAAUCAUAUAAUAAGUCACAUCCAAGUCAAGUCACAUUUAUUUAUAGCGCUUUAUACAAAACAGAUUGUAAACACAGUGUUAAUGUUGUGAAAUUCAUUCAGCUGUAAAAUGUCAUUAUUCAGUUCAGUUUAAUUGUUUUCAUUUAGAGUGUUGCGCAGUUCAUAAAUUAUAAAUGUAAUGUAUAUGUAGAUGUAAAUUAUGAAUUCAAUUCAGAUAUAAGCAGCUCCACAGAAGAUAAUAGUGUCAUUAUUCAUCUUAAUUCAAUUCAUGAUUCAUAAAGUUCAAAAACUGUCAACGCUGC